CUGUCUACCAUAUGUCAAUGAAACAAAACUUUAUUCACAAUUUCACAUUCACAUUGCCUGGCUGUACGUUUGUCAAAAGGAAAACAUCUUAAACUAAAAUUAUGAACUAGUCCUUGUACUACAUAAAAUACAAUAAAUACACGAAAAAUAAAUCAUACGUCGCUAAGCCCCUAACAGAGCAACACGUCUAAACAUUUUAAACAGUAUUUGUUCGGCGAUAUCUUUUUAAAAAUGUCGCAAGCCCGCUUCGCAUCGUGUAUUCCUUUGCCUAUAGAACAGAAGAACUUGGUGAACGUAAUAGAAAAAGCGAAGGACUGGGCUUUAAUGCACGGAGUGGCGAUGCGAGACAAGAAACACUUCAAUAAAGAUGUGAUCCAGGUCGCACCAUUUGUGUUGUUGCCUUCACCGUUCCCAAAGUGCGAGUUUGAGAAGGCUGUGGAACUACAACCAGUGUUGAACGAACUAAUGCAUAAGGUGGCGCAUAACGAUGAGUUCUUGGAGCAUACACUGCAGAAUGCACUGCAAGUGGACGAGUUUACAAGGAGCCUUUAUGACAUUUGGGUCAAAGUGCGAAACGAGGGAAUCACUCAGCCGAUAUCAUUAGGCAUGCUGCGGUCGGACAUCAUGCUGGAAUCCAGAUGCCCCCACACGGAGAACCAGUGUGCUAAACACACACCAUACUGCUCCUGGAAGCAGGUGGAAAUCAACAGCAUCGCUUCAGGGUUCGGGCACCUGGGACCCUCGAUCAGCCUCGGUCUCUUCCGCUCCGAUUACCUGAUGCACAACGAGGACAGUAACAGUAUCAAGCAAGUGGAGUUUAACACGGUGGCCUCAAGCUUUGGAGCCAUGACGUCGUAUCUGCCAACAAUGUCUCGUUACAUCCUGCGACAGCUGGGACACCCCGAUUUGAUCAAAAAUAUGCCAGAAAACAAAGCGCUAUCGGGCCUAUGUUCCGGGAUCACAGAUGCUUACGACCUGUUCGGCGUGCCGAAUGCAGUCAUCCUGUUUGUGGUCGAAGAAGUAUCUUACAACAUCUGCGAUCAAAGAUUCCAUGAAUUUGAAAUUGCUGAGAAACGGCCCGAUAUUAUGAUUCACAGAAAAACACUGAACGAGAUUUAUGAAGAGACCACUUUGAAUGACAAGAAGCAGCUUAUUCUGGAUGGCCGUGCAGUUGCGGUGGCGUAUUACCGCUCAGGGUACGAGCCUGCACAAUAUCCUUCGCAAAGGGAGUGGGACGCCAGGCUCCGUGUCGAGAGAUCCACAGCCAUAAAAUGCCCGUCGAUCCAGUACCAGUUAGCCGGUACCAAGAAGGUGCAACAAGCGUUAGCGGCGCCGGGCGUCUUGGAACAAUUCAUGGGCGCCGGAGCGACCACCAACAGAGUCAGAGAUAUAUUCACUGGACUCUACUCGCUGGACUUCGACGAGAGUGGGGAGAGAGCCGUCGAAAUGGGCCUUAAGGAUGCCGAAAAGUUCGUGCUGAAGCCGCAGCGCGAGGGCGGCGGACACAACGUGUACGGCGCCGACGUGCGCGACGCGCUGCUGCGCAUGCGCCACUCCCGCGAGCGAGCCGCAUACAUACUCAUGGAGAGGAUCGUGCCGCCACUGGUUUCAGGCUACGUGAUUCGUCCGGGCGCGACGAUACCGCCCCCAGUCGUCGACUUGGUUUCAGAGCUCGGCAUAUUUGGAGUUAUCAUUGGGACAAAAGACAAAGUAUUCCACAACAGGCAAGUUGGUCACAUGUUGCGCACGAAGUUAGCCGACGCCAACGAGGGCGGAGUCGCCGCUGGCCUCGGAGCCCUAGAUUCACCAUUCUUAAUAGAUGUGUAGUACGAAACACCAAACUUUUAAACGGACUAUACUCAUUUACACGAAUAUUCAUUGAGUUUUACUUUAAUACUAUAGUACAGAUCUUCUCAAGUAACUUUGCCGGUCUGAAGUUGGCUAGCAUUAAAUUCACGAUGUCGUAAUACAUUUUGACUAUCUCAUACAGCGUUCCCAAUAUUUUAUCUAUGUAUUGAUUUGCUUAAUACCGAUAGAAUUUGACAUUAGCCCCAUGCGAGUAAUGUCGAAUUCCUAUCUGAACUAUAUAAGCAAAUCAACAGUUGGAAGAAUAUUGCGAACGGCAGUUAGUUAAUAAUAGCCAACUUCAUAGCGUUAUUUGACAAGGCCUGUUUUUUUUUAGCAAAUCAUUGAAUUUAUCUGACAGAUGAAUAUAGACUAUUUUUUUUUAUGUGGAUAAAUCUGCUGUUAAAAAUAUAUUAAGGGCUUACAACACAGCUCAUUUCAUAUAAUUAUCGUUAAAUAUAUUUGAGUAUUUAUUUUGUCUAUUGCUAUCUUUUGAAGGUGCUAGAAACCAAAUGACUAAAUAAAAAAAGAUCCCGACGAACUGAAAACCUUCUUUUUGGAAGACGGUUUAAAAAUAUAUAGUUCGCGCAGUUUUUAUUUAUUGAGCUGUGGUAGUAACCCUUAGUGAUGCUCCUAACAAGACAAAAUAUCGAUAAAUCGAUAAAUGAGUAUAGUCCCCUCGAGUCAUGAUUGCAGGACAAUAUUUAAUGACUAAAUUAUGAGUGUUUUUUUCUUAUAUAUAUUUAAAUAAAAUUUUGAUAUAAUUAAGGCGUGAAUGAACGUGAUACUCGCACAAGUUUUUUUUAACGGAACAAUGCACUUUCAAUGCCUUUAAUAAAUACUUUUUGACUUCACUUUUUUCCAGCCAAUGUAACAUGAAAUUGGUUAUUUUACUCAUGUUGAUUAUAUUAGUUUAAAAAUAAAUCUGUAACUUAUUCAAAAAACACAUUUUUUUAAACAUUUGUAAUUUCUUCAACCAUUGUGCAAACAUCAUUAGAAUAAAUUGUAUAAUACGUGAGUUAAGACACUUGUGAUAUCUUGCACUUAGACUACGUAAUUUUUUACUGUAAUAAUAUAACUUUUAUUCAUAGAUUUUAAUAUGAUGUCAAGAAAACAAAAAAAAAAUCUUGAUUUUAUUUAAUUAUUAUUGAUUUAUCCAAAUACUUGUAAAAAAACCGUAAAAAGUAUAUUGAUUGAAUAGUCAACUGUAGAGAAAUAUUUUCCAUAUUUUUUCUACGCAAAAAUUGACAAUUAAUUACAGUAAUAUUUUUAUUUAUAAUGAACAAUAAAAUUAUGUUUUAAAAACCAAGAAGAACGCCUAUCAACGAUAAGCUGGCAAUUUAACAUUAGAAACUUGUUUUGUGCAAUAAAUUAAUAUUAUCAUGAAUUAUAUUUAAAAAUGCCGAAUUAUUAUGUUCCCUUAGCCAUAUAUUAUAUUGUUAAAUAACGAAUUGAUUAUUAUUUUUUUGUAUUGACAUUCCGUAUUAUUUUGGCUCGCAUUUAAAAACGAAUGAAGUCGCUCGAUGUAUUUAAAGUCCAAUUUUUUAAUUUAUUUCUAUUAUGUAACACCUCUUUAGUAGCAUUUAUCGAAAUCUUGCAUUGGAGGAUUUCAGUCAAACUACCGCCGAGUUACUUCUCAAGAAUUUUAAUCUAUAUUCUUCAGGAGGAAAGAUCAAAACCGAACGACCAUAAGUAACUCGAUUGUAAAAAGGUAAUAAUAUAAUCUAUUUUUAAGAAAGACUGUGAGACGAUACCUGCAGCUAGCAUCGAAAAUAAAUUACAAAAUCGAAGGAAAUAUUAAUCGGAAAAUUCUUUCUCACUGAUAAAUAAUUUCUAUAUACUUACUCAGCGCAGCGUUCUUUGCGCCUUGAACAAAAACCCUAGGCCAAUUAUUAUCUCAAUGUUAGUUGCAAGUAAACGUCGAUCUGUGGUGCUGAGCGAAACGCGUAGAUAUAAUACUUUAGAUGUUUUUAAUAACUUACACAAAAUAUAAGCAGUUGACUUAA